CUGAUAAUGAGUCACGUGAACAUGCAGUAAAUAGCCCUUUCAGCCGAGGCUACACCCCACUGCACGUCAGACGUACGCAACGACGAGCUCUAACGGUCCUCACUCACAGAAGUUCGUCCAGCAUCAUUAUGAAUUGAACUUGGUUUGAUCCUGCAAUCUGCAGAUACACAUAAUGGAUAAUGAUGCCAUGAUGGAAGGCAGUAGUUGCUCCGUACAGGUAGCGCCGCGGCUGCCUAGUAUUGAGAGUGAAUACACUUCCUCUUUGAUGCCCAAUGUCCUCCCGCCUGCCCGCGAGUUUCGAGAUAUUCAAGUCAAGGUGCAUAUUCGUCGACCUGAGAAGGACUCUUGGGCAUACCUUGGACGUGCUUUGGUGUCACAAGAAGUCGUAGGCCAGUCCUCUCGUGUCGUUGUACGCUCAUUGACAUCUAGCAAGGUGCUGGUCGCAUUCGGAGAGGCGUCCGAGCUCCAAGCCGAAAAACGCGGCAACUUCGUUGUCGUCGGCUGUGUGGAGGGUUCUCGGGUUAUCUCAUGGUCUUUGAACGCCGUGAACAACUCCGAAACCCUUCGCUUGCUUGCAAGCAUUGAACUCGCAUGCUAUCGUUGCAGGCUCGCCGUAGUUGAUCCACGAACCCAUACUAGGGCUCGUCGGCGCAUUGAGCGUGUCAUUAAAGAGGAUAGACGCAGGAGACAUAGGCGUCGUAAAGACCAGGAUGCAAUGAUUGACGCAUUCCAACAACACCAUCUUGGCGAUGAUGUGCCAGAUUCAUGAACACAGUUCACUUCUUGACAAUGGAUGGAUUAGACAGAGUAACGGCGUAUUGACUAACAACCGUACAGGAUUGCGCAACCU